UUGAGUGAUGCUGCUCAGAAAAACGAAGCCCACAAGCAGAGUUCUGAGCUAAAAGGCGGAGACAUAGGUGUUAAGAGGCCCUCUGAAUCUGAGCAGCUCGAACGGAGCAAUCUAACCGAGGAAUUUGGCCAUGCUGUUUGUUCAGAACACCCAAACCAUUCAACUGACAGCACCCAAGACAGCAACAAAAGGAGAAGGAUUUCUUCCCCACCAGAUGUAACCCGCCCGCAUGGAAAUGUGAUUAGAAUACGCUUGCCUUCACAGAAGCUCGUCAACAAUGAUUCUUCUUCAGCUCCCAAUGAGCAGAUGUGUUCAACAUCUGGGAGGAUUGAUUUACCGUUGCAGCCCAAAUGCGAAAGUACUUCCACUGCUGCUGCUGCUGGUACCACAUUGUGGGCAGCACUAAAAGCUGUUGAGGAGAGCUUGCCAUCUGCGCCGUACUCUCUAAAAACAUGUCGAACUUUGCGGGUUUCCCAAAAAGAUGUUGAGAAGAGCUUGCCUUCUACUCCUAUAAACACAUGUGCUUUGCGGGUAGUGAAAGAAGCUGUUGAGCAGAGGUUAUCAUCUGCAAGGGAGGAGACGCCAAUGCAGAAAGAAGAAACGAGAUACAGGGAUUUGAUAGAGAAAUGGAUUCCUCCAAGUUUGAACGACGACCUUGAUAGCCUGGAUCAGGACUGGCUGUUCAACGGAAAGCGAGAUACAUGUGUGAAGAAGCAACAUCCCACAUCCACUCCCAACAUGCUGUGCAACGCCUCUGCAUUAUGGCCGCCACGUGCUCAGUUUUUGCCAGAUGCCGAAAUAUAUGCCUUGCCCUACACAAUCCCUUAUUGAAUCCUUUGUACAAAAAAGGUUAGGCCUGUAAUCCUAUCCCACUUGAUGUAAAAAUUUUGUAGCCCCCCAGAAGAGAGGAAUUGUAUUCAUCGUACGUAGUAGAUGGUGUGCUUCUGCCAGCACGUGUUCUUAACGCCACUUAUUUGAACAUCCCAAACAGGUAGUAGGGAGGGAGCAUUCUCUACAUCUAUCUUCUCCAGAAUGGGGUGUGGAUGAUAUUCUGCUGAGCAUCAUCAGCUGUCCAUUUUUACACUAAAACAAUGUAUACUAUCAAGUCCACUUAUCAAUAGUUAGAUUCUUUUUUUUUCUUUUUUGAAAAAUAUUGGAUGUUACUUGCUCUAAGAGGAAUAUUUUCUGUUCUAAGAGGAAUAUUUUC